UCAUUUCCCGUCUCUUUGAAAGCCACCGAAAUUGUUAGUGAUUCUUUGAAAAAAAUGGCAAUGCCAAUGAUCAAUGAGUAUAGCGACUCUCCAGCUUCUCUAAAAGCGAAGCUGAAAUCUUCUCUUUGUUGCUUCUCCUCCAGUGAGAUGAUCCAUCAGCAUCAGACGCUUGAUCAAGAUCAUGACCAAGAAGGGAAUAACAGCAGGAAGCUGCAGCCACAGACACCAAGAUCUCCAUAUGCUUGGCUAAAAUCGACAACCCAUGAUUUGGAAAUUAUGUACAAGUAUCGUGGGUUGAUUGGAAAGAUAGGAAAGAACAGGAAACGACAUUGUUCAGAGGAUUUUAGGUAUGAUCCUCGAAGUUAUUCUCUUAACUUUGAGGACGAUCGUAACAGAGAAGAUGAGUUGCCACUCAAUCAUAAUUUCAGGGCAAGAUUUCCUGCCACGCCGGAGAGAUUGGAGGUGGUACGGCCGGUAAGGAGGACAGAGCUUCAGUUGUGGAGCUGAUGUUUUAGGAUCAAGAAUGUUUGGGGGUUUAUUUGUUGUAAUCCAGGUGUUGUGGUUUUUUCAUGUACAGGCCAUUGAUCUGAAUUCUAAAAAAGCAAGAAAUUUAGGGGAAAAAAUAAAGCAAGAUGUGAUUUAGCGUUAAUAUUUAGCUUAAAUUAUACUGCUAUGCAAAGUGUAUAAUUUUGUUUAACCUUUUU